CUGCUCUGCUAAGACCAAAAAACAAGACGGCCUCGUCUCUCCCAGGCGCCCUGCUACUUCACACAAACCGUCCCGCAGCCUGACCGUCAUCCACGAGGUCCGUUGACACCGCCAACCACACCAGGCGCAAAUCAUAACCGCCGCAGCGCACAACGUCUACUUUUUGGGGCUCAUCAAGUCCCCCCCACUUCCUUCCCACAACUCGCAGCGCCGCCCCCUCCCACCAGGCAAAGAGUCGCUGCUCCCAUCCGUCGCUUCUUUACUUUCAUGUUCCGGCGCCUCCUGGCGCACAAUAUCAAAAUGGCCGAGAGCGCAGCGAAGCGUCUCAAGACGGCGGCGGCGGACGGCGGGCCCGACGUCGCCAUCGGCACCCACAACGGCCACUUCCACGCCGACGAGGCCCUGGCCGUCUACAUGCUGCGGCAGCACAUCCCCACCUACGCCGGCGCUGCCCUGGUGCGCACCCGCGACCCGGCCGUGCUGUCGGGCUGCCACACGGUCGUCGACGUCGGCGGCGAAUACGACCCGGACCGCCUGCGCUUCGACCACCACCAGCGCACCUUCAACACCACCUUCCCCGGCCGCCAGACCAAACUGUCGAGCGCCGGGCUCGUCUACAUGCACUUUGGCCGCCAGAUCAUCGCGCGCCGCCUGGGCGACCCGGACAGCGACAACGAGGCCACGGUCGACAUGCUCUACGCCAAGCUGUACGAGAGCUUCGUCGAGGCGCUCGACGCGCACGACAACGGCAUCCACUCGUACGACCCCGCGCUGCUCGCGGCCGCCGGCGCCGAGAAGCGCUUCUCGACGGGCGGCUUCACCCUCGGCGCCGUCGUCGGGCGCCUCAACCCCAACUGGAACGACCCCGUGCCCGAGGACCCGGCCGAGGCCCAGGCGGCCGAGGACAAGCGCUUCGAGGCGGCGUCGGCCCGCAUCGGCAUGGAGUUCGACCUCGACCUCGACUACUACACGCGCUCGUGGCUGCCCGCCCGCUCCGUCGUCGCCGACGCCUUUGCCCACCGCGACGAGCACGACGCCCCGGGCCGCGGCGGCGGCCGCAUCCUCGUCUUCAAGGGCCAGUCGGUCCCGUGGAAGGACCACCUCUACAACCUCGAGGCCGAGGCCGAGGCCAAGGGCGCUGCUGGUGACAACAAGGUCGUCUACGUCCUGUACCCGGAGAAGCCCGCGCCCGACGCCAAGUGGCGCGUCCAGGCCGUGCCCGAGUCCAAGGACUCGUUCCAGAGCCGGCUGCCGCUGCCAGAGGCCUGGAGGGGCUUCCGGGACGAGGAGCUCGACAAGAUCACGGGCAUCCCCGGCUGCGUCUUUGUGCACGCCGCCGGCUUCAUCGGCGGGAACAAGACGUUUGAGGGCGCCCUGGCCAUGGCCAAGAAGGCCCUGGAGUCGUCAUGAGGCUGUGAGGCUGGCAGGUCGGGCGCACAGGCAAAGGCUGGGGAUAUCAGGCAAAUCCGUGCCCACCACAAAGGGCAAGGGCAACUCGGGUCGCUGGGCUGGCAUUUUGGGUCAUAGAGAGGGGAUAUGCAUGGAACGAACCUAUGAUGAAAAUAAGACAUGAUACCACUCUCUCCAUGAUUCUCCGCAACAGAGUUUGCACAGUCCCGUGAAAGUCAUGUGAAGGCACGAAUAUCAGGCGAAUGAAUUAUUAGGGCUCAUAGAAGUUGCCGCCGUUGUUAUGAGUGAGUGUUGCCGAGCGUGGAUACAGGAGGCAGGAUCCUAAUUCUAGGGCAUCACAUCAUGGCGCAGUCAAGCUAUGCAUCUUGGAUGAAUAGCACAAACGAGCAACGUUGGGGUUCAUAAGCAAAUCCAUGAAAUCACGAGAAAGACUGGGGAGGGGGAAAGGACAUGUGCCCACGUCAUAUAAACAACCUCAUAUCCCAUAUCACCAAAUAUCAAUUUGCGUUCAUACCGUUCCCCCCGCAACUCCCAGUUCCAGAGCCAGACGCCGC